AUGUUUACAGAUUGUCUUAAUCUGAAGGCUGCGAGUUCGACCCUCGCGGCUGCUAAUCACCCACCGCAAUGUUUACGUCGGCGCCAGAAAGUGGAACGGGCCCAAGACGAUUGGGGCGUCAAGUACACGACUUGUGCCACGUCGGUCCGAUUCUGUGAUGCGUCCAUUCGUGUAUGGAUUUGGGAGGGCUCAAUACCUCACCUUACAAUUUAUCGCCAGGAUGACACUGGUUGUGCAAUUAUAUUCUCGCAAGACACGCGUUGUAUGGUUAUGUGUGAAACGGCCCUCACCGUUCUCGUCGUUGCGGGGGCUUUAGGACUUGGAUACACCCAGGUCAGUGGUGGUCGUGCGGAUAUCCAGCAGACGGAGAAAGAACAGGGGAAAGGAAGGGGGAAAGCCAAAGGGAAGAAAAGCGACAAAACGUCUGUGGCGGACGCCUCUGUUGCUUCUACCCCGCCAACAGUCUUACAAGACGCCAUACCCGGCCAAUUCGACUCCAUCCAACCACUCCAGCCUUCUUCUCCCGCACCCAAGUCCAAAAAGUCAAAGAAAAAGAAAACCAAAGCCGCCGCCGCCUCUUCUGCCACCACUACCAACGCCGGUACUCCUCCGGGUCCCACCACCGUCAGUUCUCCCACCGUAGAAGCGUACAACUCUGAAUCAUCCACCUCCGCCGUCCCCACCACACGCACCCCACGAACAACCAAACAGUCCACCACCUCCAUUGAUACCGACGGCUCGUGGACCCGCGUGGAGCCUCGACAGCGGAGCUACUUGGCUGCUGCACAAACGACGACGACGACGAGUGACGUAGCUACCACCACCGCUUCUUCGUCACCCGUCGCGGAGCGCAUGGAGGAGGAGGAAGAAGAAGAAGACAACGACGAAGAUGGCGCACAUUCCUCCUUCCUUUUAAACUCCAACACAAGAGAUGAAGAGUCCCGCCGAAGGACGCUUGCAGAAAAGUUGUUACCCAAGCCUAGGAAGACGGCCGUUGAUGAUAUGCUCGAAACACCAGAUCACCCGACGUUGUCGAGGGUGAUGCGUGUACAGCCUAGGCCGGAUGAGAAACCUGUCGAUGGUUUCUCGUGGGGCGAUUAUGAAGACGUACGUGAGGCGGAUGCGGAUGAUGAAGGUUGGGGCGUUGUCAAGAGUAAAAGUGAGUAG